AUGAGGGAGUGCAUCUCUGUGCACGUCGGCCAAGCAGGCGUGCAGAUGGGGGUGGCGUGCUGGCAGCUGUACUGCCUGGAGCACGGUAUCCGUCCUGAUGGAACGUUGCCGGCCUGCGAUACGGACUCCGCGGUGACGGAUUCUUGUUUCAACACGUUCUUCUCUGAGGCGGAUAGGGGCAAAAUGGUGCCGAGAGUUGUGAUGGUGGACUUGGAAGCGACAGUAAUAGAUGAAGUCCGUUCAGGCGAAUAUCGGCAACUGUACCACCCAGAACAACUCAUUACUGGUAAGGAAGACGCGGCAAAUAACUAUGCACGUGGACACUACACGACGGGCCGUGAGGUGCUGGAGCCUGUCCUGGAGAGGGUGAGGAAACUGGCCGACCAGUGCACUGGUCUACAGGGUUUCUUUGUGUUCCACUCGUUUGGUGGCGGCACAGGUUCUGGCUUCACCUCGCUGCUAAUGGAGAAGCUAUCUGAAGAAUUUGGCAAAAAGAGCAAGCUUGAGUUUGCCAUCUAUCCGGCGCCACAAGUAUCGACGGCAGUAGUAGAGCCGUACAACGCGGUGCUGACGACACACGCGACUAUCGGACACUCCGAUUGCGCUUUCAUGGUGGACAACGAGGCCAUAUACGACAUCUGCAGGCGGCGACUGUCCAUCGAACGACCGUCGUACGCCAAUCUUAAUAGACUGAUUUCACAAGUUGUAUCGUCGAUAACGGCGUCGCUGCGGUUCGACGGUGCACUGAACGUGGACCUGACAGAGUUCCAGACGAAUUUGGUUCCCUACCCACGCAUCCACUUCCCGCUGGCUGCGUAUGCGCCUGUAGUCUCCGCCGAUAAGGCAUACCAUGAAGGUAUGUCAGUGUCAGAGAUCACGGCGGAACUGUUCGAGCCACAAAACCAGAUGGUGAAGUGUGACCCUCGCGAGGGCAAGUACAUGGCGUGCUGCCUGCUUUACCGUGGCGACGUGGUGCCUAAGGAUGUUAACGCGGCCAUUGCCUCGAUGAAGGGGAGGGCAGGCAUUCGGUUCGUGGAUUGGUGUCCUACAGGAUUCAAAGUUGGCAUAAACUAUCAGCCUCCAUCAGUAGUAGUCGGAGGAGACCUCGCGCAAGUGAAACGUGCUGCGUCCAUGCUCAGCAACACCACCGCCAUCGCAGAGGCGUGGGGCAAGCUCGACCACAAGUUCGACCUCAUGUAUUCCAAGAGAGCGUUUGUGCACUGGUACGUGGGAGAAGGUAUGGAAGAAGGUGAAUUUUCAGAAGCACGGGAAGAUCUCGCAGCUCUAGAAAGGGAUUAUGAUGAAGUAGCUGUUGAAACUUCAGACAUGCAGCCUGGCUGUGAAGACGAACUAUGA